UGUGAUUCUGUUGGGGGUGGGAGAUCAAGGCCAAGCAGCUAUAUAAAGGACCGACUCUCAGCUCUGACUCCAUUUUCCAUUCUUCCUAAGACAUGUCGGGUCGCGGCAAGGGAGGAAAAGGCCUGGGCAAAGGCGGCGCUAAGCGCCACCGUAAGGUUCUCCGCGAUAACAUCCAGGGCAUCACCAAGCCCGCCAUCCGCCGCCUGGCCCGGCGCGGGGGAGUGAAGCGCAUCUCCGGCCUCAUCUACGAGGAGACCCGCGGUGUGCUGAAGGUGUUCCUGGAGAACGUGAUCCGCGACGCCGUCACCUACACGGAGCACGCCAAGCGCAAGACCGUCACCGCCAUGGACGUGGUCUACGCGCUCAAGCGCCAGGGCCGCACCCUCUACGGAUUCGGCGGCUAAGACUUUUUUAAUUUGUAUUUUCUAACCAAAGGCCCUUCUCAGGGCCGCCCA